CGUGUGGCAUAUGCCAUUACCCCCACCGUACAACUAAAAUUAGCAAAAUGUCAGGAAUGGAAAGAUUGAUUCACCCAAGAUGCAAUUAUCAUUUAAAAAGUGCUUGAUUGAGGUGCUGAUGUUCAGUGAUUUAUUCUGCAUACCAUAUACAUAAUUAAAGUAGUGUAGUGGAGUAAUUUAUCAAUCUAGUUUAGACUAGAGGGGCAAGGAAGGGAGCUGCUGCCGCUGCUGCUGCUCUAUGUUUGUUUUAUUAAAACGCUUUCGGGAUCUGAUCCCGCCCCCUUUUUGCAGGAGUGAAACUGAUUAUUUCUCCAGCUCGGGAGGAGAGAGUCAUUCGUUUGGGAUUGUGGGAGAGAGGGAGAGAGACGGAGAAGGAGAAGAAAAGGGAGGAAGAGGGAGCUAAGCAGAAAAGGACACCUCAUCAGGCGUCUAGUUUGAAUCCCUUCCUCGCCUCCCCCUUCCCUCCGCGAUGUUACAAAGGCUGUGAGCUGCUCGCCUUUUCCCAUUCGCCUGCUGUCACUUCCUUCCUGGACGCUUUCGGGACGAGUCCGGUUACUUUUAAUCCGACCAGCAGCUCAGCCACUUUCUCCUCCUCCACGCUGAACACACACAUACACACGCGCGUACACACAUACACACACACACAGACCAGACAGCUUCUGGCUGCUUAUUGGAUUGACUUUGAAGGCUGUGUGUGUGAUUCAAGGAGGCUGCAUGAACCAGGUGGUGAAUAUUUAAGGCUGGAAGAAGUAAAGGGAUUUUUUCUUUUUCCUGUGAAAGGAAAAUAUCUCAAGGACUAGUGUGAUCAUCCAAACAGCUAAAUGUUUAUAAUCAGGAACGGAUGCAGGGGACUGUGAACUGAGUAGUGCAAGUGCUGAAGAAGGAGGUUUGUUUUGAGGAAACGGGAAAGAGGAAGAAAAGAGAAGGGAAAAAUACAUAAUUUUAAGGAAGAAGGAGAGAAAAAAAAACGGGGACUAUGGGGAGAAAAAAGAUUCAGAUUACAAGGAUUAUGGAUGAACGUAACAGACAGGUGACAUUUACAAAGAGGAAAUUUGGGUUAAUGAAGAAGGCUUAUGAGCUGAGUGUUCUGUGUGACUGUGAGAUUGCUCUGAUCAUCUUCAACAGCACCAACAAACUGUUCCAGUAUGCCAGCACUGACAUGGACAAAGUGUUGCUGAAAUAUACUGAGUACAAUGAGCCGCACGAGAGUCGAACGAAUUCAGAUAUUGUUGAGACAUUGAGAAAGAAAGGACUUAAUGGCUGUGACAGUCCAGACCCCGAUGCAGACGAUUCAGCAUUGAACAAGAAAGAAAACAAAGGUUGUGAAAGCCCCGAUCCUGACUCCUCUUACGCUCUCACCCCACGCACUGAAGAAAAAUACAAAAAAAUUAAUGAAGAAUUUGAUAAUAUGAUCAAGAGCCAUAAAAUACCUGCUGUUCCACCACCAAACUUUGAGAUGCCAGUUUCUAUCCCAGUGUCCAACCACAACAGUUUGGUAUACAGUAACCCAGUCAGCUCACUGGGAAACCCCAAUCUUUUGCCGCUGGCUCAUCCUUCUUUGCAAAGAAAUAGCAUGUCUCCUGGUGUGACACAUCGGCCUCCGAGUGCAGGUAACACAGGUGGCCUGAUGGGUGGGGACCUCACAACCGGUGCAGGCACCAGUGCAGGAAAUGGAUAUGGCAACCCCCGCAACUCACCAGGUCUGCUGGUCUCACCUGGCAACUUGAACAAGAAUAUGCAAGCAAAAUCUCCGCCUCCAAUGAAUUUGGGAAUGAACAACCGUAAACCAGAUCUCCGCGUGCUUAUUCCACCUGGCAGCAAGAAUACAAUGCCAUCAGUGUCUGAGGAUGUUGAUCUGCUUCUGAAUCAGAGGAUAAAUAACUCCCAGUCUGCUCAGUCAUUGGCUACUCCAGUGGUUUCCGUAGCAACUCCUACUCUACCAGGGCAAGGGAUGGGAGGAUACCCAUCAGCCAUCUCAACAACAUAUGGUACUGAAUAUUCUCUGAGUAGUGCAGAUAUAUCAUCUCUCUCUGGGUUUAAUACAGCCAGUGCUCUUCACCUUGGUUCUGUGACUGGCUGGCAACAGCAACACCUACAUAACAUGCCACCAUCUGCCCUCAGUCAGUUGGGAGCUUGCACUAGCACUCAUUUAUCUCAGAGUACAAAUCUCUCCCUGCCUUCUACUCAAAGCCUCAACAUCAAGUCAGAACCUGUUUCUCCUCCUAGAGACCGUACCACCACACCCUCGAGAUACCCACAGCACACGCGCCAUGAGGCGGGGAGAUCUCCUGUUGACAGUUUGAGCAGCUGUAGCAGUUCCUACGAUGGAAGUGACCGAGAAGAUCACCGGAACGAAUUCCACUCCCCCAUUGGACUCACCAGACCUUCGCCGGACGAAAGGGAAAGCCCCUCUGUCAAGCGCAUGCGUCUCUCUGAAGGAUGGGCGACAUGAUAACAUUAUUACCUAUUAGGUUGUUUGUUUUUUUUUCUUGCAGUGUGUGUGUGCUAUACCUUAAUGGGGGAGGGGGGGGUCGAUAUGCAUUAUAUGUGCCGUGUGUGGAAAAAAAAAAAAAAAAAAAGUCAGGUACUCUGUUUUGUAAAAGUACUUUUAAAUUGCCUCAGUGAUACAGUAUAAGGAUAAACAGAAAUGCUGAGAUAAGCUUAGCACUUGAGUUGUACAACAGAACACUUGUACAAAAUAGAUUUUAAGGCUAACUUCUUUUCACUGUUGUGCUCCCUUGCAAAAUGUAUGUUACAAUAGAUAGUGUCAUGUUGCAGGUUCAACGUUAUUUACGUGUAAAUAGACAAAAGGCAAACAUUUGCCAGAAAUGGCAGAUCUUUACUGAGAGAGAAAGCAGCUGUUAUGCAACAUAUAGAAAAUGUACAGAUGUUUUGACAGACCCAGCGGUUGGGUGGCCGUUAUUGGAUGCUGGAAAGAGACUGGGUCACCUAACAUACUGAAAAUGCUCACAAACAUGCAGGCAUAUCAUUAAAGUAUGGCAAUCAGUUAAAAAGGAUCAAAACACUCAGAGAGGACCAUACUUGUAAAAAAUGUUGAGUUCGAGGGCUAACAUAUUUAAUUUUAAAGAUUCUGGGUCUGCAUCACUUAUUAAAUAAAAAAAAUAUAAAAAUAUGUACAUUACAUUUUGCUUAUUUUCAUAUUAAAAAGUAAGACAGAGUUUGCAAAGCAUUUGUGGCUUUUGUAGUUUCCUUAAGCCAAAAUGUGUUCUUUUUUCCUUGAUAGCUUCGCUAGUUCUUUUAAACAGUCCUGAAGAAACAAACAAAAAGGACUGUUUGUAUAGAAAGCACUACCCUAAGCCAUGAAGAACUCCAUGCUUUGCUAACCAAGAUAACUGUUUUCUCUUUGCAGAAGUUUUGUUUUUGAAAUGUGUAUUUCUAAUUAUAUAAAAUAUUAAGAAUCUUUUAAAAAAAUCUGUGAAAUUAACAUGCUUGUGUAUAGCUUUCUAAUAUAUAUAAUAAUUAUGGUAAUAGCAAAAGUUUUUGUUAUCUUAAUAGUGGGGAAUUAUAUUUGUGCAGUUGCACAUUUAACUAUUUUCUUUCGGUUUUCUUUUACUGGGUAUACAUUUUACAGGUCGAAGUCAGCCUGUUGAAAGACUCAUCUGUAAAAAGUUAGAAUUUACCCAUGGUGUAACAACUUAAAUCAUUUUAAUACAGCAUUUUACAAUCAGUUGGGUGAACUGCGAUCCAUUGUAUAUACUGAUUAGUUCUUUCAUGCUGUUUUGUGCAUUGUAACAAGUUAAGGGCCCUUCUAUUACUUAAUGUCCUGCGUAUCUUGUAGCUUUCCGUGGGUUAUAUGACAAAGUGGCAUAACUUGGCCCUUUCUCAUUAAUGAAGCUGGUAUUCUGCCUGUCAGAAUUGGAUGUACAGCUCUAACGGCUGUCGGUUACGUGAGUGCAGAUGGGUAUUUGCAGAAGCAGUAGGGAGCGUUAAAGGGAGGGAUCGGCACGAGCAUGCCUGCUGCAAAGAUUACUCCCCUCUCACAGAUGUCAAACUCUUAGAGAGAGAUCGUCAGUUAAGGACCAUCCAGAGGUUGGCUGAUCUCACGCAGCCAAUACUGGCCAUCAGGUCCCUGGUUCUCACAGACCUCUGCGGACGUGCCACCUCACCGUGGGCACGUUGUUGAGCAAUGCUCCCUGUGUACUUGCACCCAAGCGAGAUUUGCUUCGGCUUACAGCAUCCGCGUUUUCUCCUGCCUCAUAUCGUUCCUUUGAUGAAAACAACUUGACCGGGGGGAUUGCAUCAUUUCUUUAAGUCCCUUUCUGUCCCUCUUGUUUAUUAGAAUGCUAUAUUCAAAUGUUUAACUUUCCUGUUCAAGGGGAAAAAAAGUGUUUAAGCAAAAUGUUAGUGCCAUAGUGAAACUGUAAUAUUUCUCCUUUUUCCAAGAGUCCCUCCAGCUCUCACCUACACACACUGAUACUAUGAUGAAGGAUAUAGCUGCGACAGCUCAAUAUCAACACAGACUACUUUGUUAAGGGAAAUCUACACUCAGUUUCCCACCUAUACAUGCAGUUGCUGUGCACUGCUCAAUGACAGAGUGUACCUCUCUGUAGAAGAGAAUGAUGAACAGACUACAGGACACAUGCUUUUCACUUAUCAUGACGUUAUAGAAGCCUGCCUUACAGGCACUCUCAGCCGUGCAGGGGCUAGUGCAUAAUCUGGAAACUCUUUAAGCAGAAUACUGUGCUACUAAUGCAUCCAUCUUCUCUUGUGUAGCAAUCUGCAGGGUAAAGAAAAAAGAUACGCAUGUUUAAAAAACAAAAAAACAAAAAAAACCACAAAAAAAAACCACAAAAAAAAAAAACCAAGACAAAAAAAAGGUUUAAUGGGGCCCAUAAUUAAUUUUAAAACACAAAAGAACUGUUUUUGAAACCACUUUCUUCACCUUCAGAUGAAUCUAUACUCUUAUUCUCUUCUGAGAAUUUUAAACUUUGGUGUGUCAAAAAUAUGCAAAUAUAUCACAAAUGUACCUUGUCAUUUCAAGAAAAAAAUACAACUUUAUCAGUAUCGUAGUAGAAACUUGUCAGUGGGGAAGGGGAUUUGGUCUAUUGAUAUAUGAAGAAUAGCCAUAUUAAUAGUUUACCUUGCGAUUUGCCUCAGCAACGCAUGAAAAAGAAAGAUAACGUAUUUAACGAAGAUGCAGUGUAAUAUAUUACUGCAAGUAAAUAAGCAGAAAGUAGCGUGAAAAGUAUUGCCUGGGCAAUUUAUAUUAACUCUGACAGUGAUUUUUGUAUAAACACAAGUAGAACAGAAUCACGUGAAAAUAAAUGCCAGUCAUCCCUCUUGUUCCUGCUGCAGAGGGCAACUAACAUACUGGCAAAAUUGUGGGGGAUAAUGCAUAUUUGCAAACUGAUCUAAUGAUAAGAAGCACAACUUUGAUUGUGAAGUCACUUUCUGUAAACUAUAACUGUCUACCUUUCUUGUUCCUUUAUCUGUACCUUACCAUUUAUUGUAUUUGCAAAGCUAAUUUGGGUUUAUUGUGUGAUUCCUUUGUAUUUAAGGAGUUUGGGGCAGAGCCCUGAAAGAGUAUUAACAUUUACUUUACCUUAACCCAUGCUAUAUAAUGUUUUAGGCAACAUUCUUAAUUGUAAGUUCAAACACCUGAAGUGGCAUUCUAGACAUCUGCAAGUGUUGUUAUAGCUAAGCUAACCUCUAUUAAAAGGUGUUGUCAGUUAGUGUUCAAUUGCUGGUGACAAUUAUAUGAUAUACCCUAUCUGCACAACCUGUAUAUUGUAUGCAUUGAGCCAUUCGCAGUAAAGCUUUUGUCAUUUCAGUGUUUUUCAAAAGUUGUGUUUUAUAACAAAAUGGCUUAUAUUUUUCCCAGAAGAGGAAUUUAGCAGUUUUUAAUGAAUAAUAUAAAAAUAUCUGUUGUCCUCAGAUCUUUUUCAGGUAAAGCUAGCGUAAGAAUAAAAGAACUCUUAGACUGUUUUCAAGGAUGUCAACCCUUUUGUAUUGUAUGUGUUAUCCUAUAUACCCUCUUUUCUCUAUAGUCCUAACAGAGCUGUUUUGUUUUCCUUCUUCCUUCGCCUUGAAGGUAAAUGCUUUGUAAUUUUUUAAAGCCACUUGAAACCUCAAUAAAGGCUGUUGCCUAAACAUGGCAUACUUCAUCUGUUCCUGUUUGUGCCAUCUGCUGUGAUGUCGUCAGUUAUAUGGCAUUAAUUUCCUGCCACUACAGGUCUCUUGAAGGACUGAUGGAACAUUGGUGUCUGUUAGAAUGCUUCAGACUGUAGAUGUAAUAAAAGGCUUUUGUUAAUAUAUUUUAACCAAAGAUGUGGAGCAAUCCAAGCUUUGAGCCACAGACCUUCUGCAUCAAAAGUAUCCGUUUGAUUAUUUUCAUAAUCAGGUGUUGCAUUUCUACCUUCCCUUCUCAUACCUCAGACUGAUCCGUACCUCAGUUUGAUUCAAAAAAGGUCGGUUAAGUAACUCAUUAAAAAAAAAAAAAAAUGCAGUACCAGAGUCUUUUGCGGAGUAACUAAUAUCAGACCUGGGUUACCGCAGGCAUUACACUUGGAUUGCUUCAGAUGGUUUGUUGUAUCCUUUUUUUCUUUUUUUCUUCUCUUUCAUGGGGAUUUGCUUCCAUAAAACAAUGGUGAUAACAAAAUAGCUUGUAAAUGGGAGCAUACAAGCAUUUGCAACAAAUAUUAAAGUAGAGGCUCACAGCGGCAUAAGCUGGACUUUGUCGCCACUAGAUGACAAGAUGUUAUAAGUAAGUUAAACCACAUCUGUGUAUCUCAAGGGACUUAAUUCAGCUGUCUGUAGUGAACAAAAUGGGAAAAUUUCAAAAGAUUCUCCUGCUGGAAAUAAGGUAUAAUUUGUAUUUUGCAGACAAAUCAGUAAAGUUACUGGCUUUCUUAGUGA